AUGGCGAACACGCGACCGUCCUCGACGUUGCGACACUCGGCGCGGGCUGAGAAACCCGCAGCCGAGUCCUCUUCGGCAUCUUCCUUCCGCGCUCUCCAGAACCUCCUGCGUUCCUCUUCUCAGCCUGCCUCGACUCCCACAGCGCCUCCGUCUCAGCCUUCCUCUUUCUCUUCCUUUUCAUCUUCGUCCUUCACUGCUUCUCGCUUCUUCUCUUCUUCCCAGCCUGCCUCGUCGACGUUCUCUUCCCGCGGCCUCGCAUGCACUUCUUGCGGCGCCGGCAGCGAGGCGCUGCGCCUCGACGACAGCGGUCACUACAUUUGCGGCGAGUGCGGCGUCGAGCAGCGGGGCGUACGUACACUCGAGCGCGACGAGCGGGACGUGGUCAUGGACUUCUUCGGUGCAGGCGGCGAGGAGCAAGGUCCGCUGCCUGCGUUUCGGUUCAUGCGUGCCUCCGCAGGCGGCGCGGGCGUCGGCGACGCCAUCAGGGCGUUGGCCGAGAGCCAGCGCGAGACCGAGAGGCGCCGCGAAGAGGCUGACGGAGAGCCUUCGCGAGACGCGUUUCCCUCCUUCGGCGUUUCUCGCGAAGCGCAAGAGGCGCAGACGCAGGCCGAGCUGGCCGCAGUCGAGGGCCGUGCUGGACGCCCGGCAGGCGACGCGCUCCUCGCAGAUGCAGAGGAAAGUCUUCUGCUCCAGAGAGCGAUGCGUGGAGAUAGUCCGCGCGGAGACGACACCGGUACCUUUCUGGAGCCCCUGUUUCGACUCUGUCUUGACGAGGCGAAAGGACGCCUCGGCGCUCUCGGUGACGGCUGCGGCCUCUCCGCGAAAGGCCACAGCGUUGGCUGCGAGCGCGAGGAGAUUCUCCUCCACGCUUGGCAAACGCUGCUUCGCUCUUGCUGCCGAAGGCUCGAGACGCUUCAGCUGCCUGCAGGCCUGGUCGAGGCCGAGGCCCGAAAGGUCUGGUCUCAGUACUUGCACUUUGUCUCCUCGAACCGUCUGCCCGUUCGCACCUUCUUCUGCAACACCUCCAGACACUCGUUCAAGAUUCCGUUCUAUCGAUGCGUUUCGUCCUCAGCAGCUGAACGGCGUCGGGCAAUGGACAAACAGCACGAUCUCCUUCAACACCCUGGCCUCCCGCGAGCAGUAAAGGCAGUUGUCAGGCUCAUGGGGCUCGACCGACCGGCUUAUAUUCGGAGAAUCGCGCCGUUUUACCGAGGCCAGUUUUUCAAUCGCUCGCGCAAGUUCUUUUCGCUCGUGCUGCCUUCCCCGCAGCAGUGUCAGCUUGUCGAGCGUGCGCUGUACAGCGAGACCUCCGCGAGAACGCAAAAACGCAACAGACGAGAAGGAAGAAACGAAGGGGGAGGGGCGGUGACUGCCGCAUCCCAGGAUCGCCGCGCGUCGGGUCUCGAAGAAGAAAUCGACAGCGACGUCUCUCCGUCGCGUGCGACGGCGAGUAGCGGAGCAGAGCGACGAGAAAGCUCUCCAGAAAGUCGAAAGAAAACGCAUUCAUCAACAAAAGCCCGAGGAGCCAAACAAAGGUCGCACACAGACACAGCGCGACAGGGCCUUUCAGACGACGCAGUCAGCCCCCAUUCGUCUUCUUCGUUGUUACCUUCUUUGUCUCCUGCCGCAGCUUCGGACCGCGUGGGCCCUGACACGCAGUGUGGCGCGGCGGGAUGUCUCGCUUUGCCGUCUCCUUUCUCCUCCUUUCGGCUCGGGACGGAGCGCACUGGAGACAGUGUCUCCGCGGGGCUUCCCGCAGAUCUGGUUCCGAGCUCCUGCGACCAGAGGCCGUCUGAUUCCGGCGAGGGACAGCACCUGUCGUUUGCGCCCUUCUCGCUCUUCCGCCUUCCACUGCCGCGCCCGCGGCGCCAACAGUGUCUUCCUGCGUCGCAUGCAGUCGAGGAGGAGGCUCCGGCGAGCCGCGCUGACACCGACGGCGCGCCGUUUGCGCUGAAGCGGAAGGCAACGGCCACGCAGAAACUCGCCGACAGAGGCUGGGCGGGAGGGGCGUGGACACCGGGUGUAUGUGCACCCCGCGGUGUCGGCGACAGGGGCGCAGACGCGCUUGAGGCGCUUGAGGCGACGGAGACAGUCGGAAGGCGACUGGGGUCUCGUUCGCGGAGACAGCGGCGAGGUGGGGGGACACCGACUCUGGCUCUGGCAUCUGCGCCUGAGACGUCCUUCCUGACUUCGUUCAUCGAAAACAAAACCGAGCUGCUCACCUUCAACCGUGUCGCCGGACGCCGGUACGGCCGGCAGCUGGACAUGAGCGUGGAGCCGUCGCGUCGCGUCUCAGGCAGGCGGAAAGCGAUCAACAUGAAGAACAACGCCGCGCCCAUUUCCUCGCUCCUCACAAACAAGGAAGCCUUCGGCGUCGCAGACACUGACGGCGACGGCGAAGUCGCUCCGCUGCCCCUGUGGAUUCUGCAAGUCAUGAGCGUCGCGCGAAGCCUCGUGGAGCACCCCGGCGAAAGCCACGGGAUCCGCGACGGCAACCAGGGCAUGAAAAGCGAAAAACAAAUCGCAUGCUUGAUCGACGCCAUUUACGAACACGACUUUCUUUCCCUUCUCUUUCGCUACAUUGUGGAAGAGGAGGAACAGCGGCGCGAGUGCGCUCCACAACCCUUGACCGAAAGGCGCGAAAAGGAAGCUCUGCCAGGCUUUCCCGUCCUCGCUCUCCCGGGUGUCUGUACACCGCUGCCGCAGGUGGAGAGCGCGAAGGGGGGCGAGACUCCAGGCGCGGGAGAGAAGGAAGACGCGAAAACUGGACGGGGAAGAGGCGACCUCGACCUCGUCCAGGUCGCGUCGCGCGCGCCGCCCGUCAAUGUGGAAAAGAAGUCCUUCUGGACCCGCCUCAAAGAAGCUGCGUUCCUCCCUAUCUCUGCCUCGUCUCUAUGUGAAGCCUCUUCUACGUCUCCCUCUGCAACUUCUGCAGCUUCUCCCGCUGCCUCUCUGCUUCGAGCCUCGUCCUCGGCGCUUGUCCGGAAGUAUUUGGCGUUGCCUUUUUCUCGCGCCCUGCUCGUGUGGGCAGCCGGAGUGUCGUGCGCCGACGGAGAAAGGAGGAAAAGGGAGAAGACGGAACGGCCGUUCGACGCGCCGCGGAAGAGACGAAAACACGCUCUCGACGAUGACGCACUCUUCAGGGAGGCGAACGCUGGGCGUCACCUCCAGGGAAUCGGUCCGCUGCCAGCGAUCGCGGAUCGGCCGCCUCCAGGUGUAUGUACAUCGGAGAGCGAUGGGACCGCCUCGGAGGCGUCCAGGAGAAGUGGGGCACCGUCCGCUUCUUCCGCUUCUUCGCUAGUGUGUUCCGCGUCGCAGCUGCUGCCAUUCGACCCGCGUCCACCGUCAUCGCUCGCGGAAUCUCCUGGUUCUUCUUGUUUCGUGUCUUCGGCUCUGAGCGGCGAUCCGUUUUUUCUUCUGCACGCCUUGGAGAUGCGCGAGGCGGCCUCUGGAGUCGCCUCGACCUCGCAGGGCUUCGUGGAGGUCGUGAGGACGGUGAGGGCCGCGCGACGGACAUCGGGGAAGCGAGUCGACCAGCCUGCACUCCUCGACGACGCGUUGCGCCCUUCUCCUGCGGCCUCAUCGCCUUUCAUCUCCUCGCGCGCGUCCUCUCUCUCUCUGUCCUCGGGCUUGGCUGCGAACAGGCAAGACCCGCCCAGUCUCCCUCAGCUCGCCGGUUUGGAAGAAAGGAACAGUCAACAAGAGCUCACAGACAGGACUGAAUCGGACGGAGACGCGAAGGCGAAGCGACGGAAAGCCGGGACGGAGAAAGCGACUCUCGCUCUUGUACCCUAUCUGUCUCCAGGGAACCAAAGCGUGUCAACUGUGGAUCCUUUCCACGCUGUCACCAACGACCGGCCUUCCUCCGCUUUGCCUUCCUUUCCUUCUUCCGGUCCGUUUUCUUCUGCGCGCCGCCCCUCUUCGUUUGCUUCGCCGCUCCCGGCUUCUCCGCGGGGCGGGGGGCGAGAAGAGAGGAGCGCCGCGACCGUCACGCCCUUUGCGUCUCUGGUUCUCCUGCCGCCCUGGCUUAGUGUCGUCUCCACUUCACAGCUCGAGUGGCUGCUGACACACCACGCCGCGAAGCGCGAAGCGACAAACUGCGGAGGAACGCCCGGCGAGGAAGAGGGAAAGGAAGGAGGGAAAGGAGAACACGACGAGGGUGGCGCAAAGCAGAGAAAAGGGCUCCGAAGGGGAAAGGCUCGCGAGCAGGUUGAGGCGGAGAUCGCGAAGCUCGAGAAGUGCCUCCGUCGAAGCGAUGUCAAAGACAGACUUGCCAAGGAGACAGGAGCCGGACGAAAGGGAACUCUGAAGGGAAAGGAUGGAGAGCAAGCCGCUGCGAAACACCAGGGGCAGGCGGGACUCAUGCAGCCCGAGAGGCGCUUGCGAGCGCUGCGAACCACCGCCGUUCGUGUGGCGUUCUCCCUCCUCGCUCAACAUGCAACUGUUCACAAGGAGGAGAGACAGAACAAGACCACACGGUGUCGAGACACGCCUGUCCAGGCGGUGUCGCCUCGCGACCUUUCCUCUGCUCCUUCCUCGUCUUCCUCUUCUCCCUCAUCUUCCUCUUCUCCCUCGUCUUCCUCUUCUCCCUCGUCUUCCUCUUCUCCCUCGUCUGCGCUGUCUCUCCCCAGUUCUGCCUCGCCUUCGUCGAGUGUGGCCGCUGAGCGAGGAGCAACAGAGAAGGCAGGUGGAGCGUCCACGUUUGUUCCUGCUGACGGUUUGUGGAGAGGCAGGUCUGCGGAGACCCGCGACGCAUGCAGCCUUCUUCUUUCUUCGCGUCUCUACGACCCGAGUUUGCCGGACGAGCUGCCAGCCAUCGACUUCUCGCUCCUGCUCGCCGUUCUCUGGAUUGCACUUCUGAAGUGUCGCCUCGCCGUCACUGCUCAGGACGUGCUGCGUCUCCUCCUCACGGAUGCACUGCCUCUCAUCUCGCUGCCGCGUUUCCUCCCCCCUGCGCUCUUCGCCUCCUGCGGCAUCUACGCCUCGUUUCCUCUCCAUCCUUCUCACCGACUCGCCAGCUUCGCCUCCGCCUUCCAGAUUUCGCGGUUUCCCUCCUCCGCCCUUCUGCACCGCGUCGCCUCCUUCCUCAUCCACUCGGUCGGGGUGUAUGUCCACCCUGUGCUGCCCCGCGCGCUGCUCCUGCGCCUCGCGCACGCAGUUUUCGACCGCGGUGGCCUUCCGGGUGCCGCGCCGCUCGUCGCCCACGUCGCCCGCUGCUUGCUCGACUGGCUCGGGGAGGAGGAAGCGAGGCGAGAAAAGAGACGGCGCAGGCGCAGGGUCGCCAGACGUCGGAGGCGCGAAGAAGACAGGACCACGCAGAUGCCGACGCCGCCUUCGCCGCCCGCUCUCGGAGACAGCAGAGAGAGUGAGGCCGGCGAAACCGGCAAGGGAACAAACAGAGGCCCAAACGCCAACCGCGGGCUGUCUACCAAGCAGUCCAAGUUUACGAGCGCUUCUUGUUCUUCAUCGUCUUUGUCUUCGUCUUCUAGCGAGGAGUGGGAGGGCCAAGGAGCGAAGUUUGUCUACUCUUUGGAAGAGCAGAGUGACGCGACGGCCUCGUCGGCGAGCGAGUCAGAGGCUGAAGAUGCGGAGGGCAAGAGAAGAAGGAAAGUGCGUUCCCGUCUGUCUCGCGAGCCGUCUCACGCGACUGCCUUCGUCCUCGAUGACUCGUCUUCUCCUUCGCUUGCUUCACCUUUCUCGUCGGCGGCCUCGCGCUCCAUGGCGAGUGUUUUCGGCGCGUUCUGCUUCAAAAAGUUCCCUGCUCCCGUCGCUGUCGGGGCAGCUGUUCUUCUCGCUUCCCGUCUCCUGUGGCCCCUCUGCUGCUCUCAACCUCACCUUACGUUCCCUCCCUCCUCUUCUCCACCUCGUUCUUCGGAUUCUUCCCCUGUUGUUUCGUCUUCGCCUCAUUUGCCCUCGCCGUCUGCGUCUGCUUUCAAAUGCCCGUCUCCUUCCGGCGCAGUCGCGGCCUCCACCUCUGCGCCCUGUUCGCGGGGAGACGCUGCUCCCGCACCGAUUGGCAGCGGAGACAGACAGCCUGAGGGGAACGGAGACACUUUUUCCGUCUCGCUCUUGGGCGCCUUUCUCCGCUUUGACUCCCAGCGCGAGGCGUGGGCUGCGCGCGUCUGGGGGGAGCUCGGACCUCGCAUCACAGACCGCAGAGAAGGCAGAGCCAGAGGAAACAAAGACAGGGAAACCGAAGAUGACGAAGUCGACGGUAAAAAAAAGGAAGACGGACAGACGCAAGGCGAAGAGAACGGAAAGGAAGGCGGAGGAGAUGGAGAGGACGCAUGCGGGGACGAGCAGUCAGGAGACGAAGAGGAAGACGACCGGGAAGGACGUGGAACCGAGGCAGAAGGAGACGCAUCAGAGGGAAGGUGUGAAGACAGAGCCCAUUUGUGGGGUUCAGCAGAAGGCGAGAUUGAACUUCUCCCUUUGGUGCCGACCUGCGUACGAGCUCGUCUGCUGCGUCACGUCUUCGCUGCGGCAGACGGGGAAGCGAGGCGGAAAAAACAGGCCCCUGUUUUCAAAGCAGAAAAACGUUUCCUGCUGGUGUCUUUUGAAACUCCCGCAAGAGCCGUCGGAUGGCGACGCUCCGGGAGAGCAGCGUUCUGGCUGCUGGUUCAGCUGAUGGACAACUUCGCCUGCCUAGGCGAGUGUCUCCUCUCUUCGCGCUCUUCUCUCUCGGCCCGUGAGGAAGCUCUUGAGCGUUUCUUGGCCUCUCUCCAUUGUGACACAGACGGCUUUUCCUGCGUCGAAUCCCAGUCUCCUCGUCGCCUCGCGUCGUCCUCUUCUUCGUCUUCCUCGUCGUCUUUGGUUUCGGUUUUCCCGGUUGCUUUCCUGGGUGACUUGGUGGACGCCCAGACGUCGGUGUGUUGCGACUCUGGGCUCUCCGGCUUGCGUGCGCUCUCCGGCUCGUGGCGUCGCCACUUCUCGGCAAGUCCUUCGUUCUCUGGAAAAGCUGCGUCAAGGUCGGACGCGGAGAUCUCCGUUUCAGCCGCGUCUCCCUCCUCUGUUUCUUCCGCGUCUUUCCUCGCUUCGGAUCUCGCCUUUUUCUCCGGCUUACUAACGAAGUCCGCUCUGUCCUUCUUCGACUUCGAGGCACCCUUCGCCCUCCCGGCGGCUCUGUUCGCGGGGCCGGGCGAGGAGGCCGCGGAAGACUGCAGAACCCGAGGAGACAGCGACAGGCCGCGAGAGGAACUUCCCGAUCAGCGAGGAGACGACGCUCUAACGGCCGAGAGAUGCGAGAACGAGCGCGCACCACGCAACCCCGAGAUGACGCCUCCGCGCCUAGUCGCGGCGACGAAAGAGAAGAGCGCCCUCCUUCCUACGAAGGAAGCAUUGCGGCUCAGACUGUUGACUUGUGUGAAUCGCGAGCACGCCUUUCAGGUGCGUUUCCUGUCACGCAUCCCGACGAAUGUUCAGCUUUUUUCAGGUCUGCGCCUUUCCGCUUCGCUCCCCAGCGCGGCUCUUGACGCUCUCGGGUCGGCAGUCUCCGGCUGCACUGCGUCGCCGCACUCCGCUUUUCUCUCCCCCUCGCUCUCCCACCUUCUCCAGCUCCAUCCGUACUUGGAUUUGGGCGCAUACAGCCGCAGCAUCGUUCGGCGGCGCGUGAAAAAUUUCCUCAUCAAUCGGCCGAGGUUCAAAACUGCGCAGGCAGCGACUGCCGCGACCCUGAGGCAGGCAGCUGUCUCCGAGGACGAGGCGAGCGAGACAGGUGAGCGCCGUUCGAGCGGUGAGUGGCGAGGCUCCGCGGGGGAGUUCGUGGACACUUCGACGCGCGCAGACGAUGGAAGCGUCGAGAGAGGCAAACACGGAGGAAAGAGCGACUCGGCCGAUGGCGGGGAGGACUCGAGUAUGCCGUUUGCGUCUCUCGCGGAGGCACUCGAAAGGGCUGCGACCCGGACAGCGUCUUGCGUGUACGCGGCGGUGCGCGAGGCUGCAGCGGUGACGCGGAAACCCGGAAGGAAAGACGCAGAGAGAACGCGAAGGGGAGGCGAUUCUCACGGGGAAGACACAAGAGCGCAGGAACCAAGACGAAAGAGACGACGCGAUCUUCGUGGUGACGACGGCUCCACGCACCCGUUGGUGUUUCUUCCCGUCGCCCCCCUGGCUCCGGCUCCCUCUCUGUCUGAAGCAAAUGUCUCUUCAUCGCCUGCUGACGAAGAGACAUGGCAGUGGCUCGGCGAUCCCCUCGUGUCAGUAGCCCCAGAAUUGCGCGCGCAGGUGCCUCGUGACGCGUCCUCUUUCUCUCCGUCCUCGGCUCUCUCAGUUCCGGAGCACUUGACGCUCCGGUUUCUCGCCCUCACUGGCGCGGAACGUCCUCCUGCGUACCGCGACUCCUCGCCGCUUUCUAUCUCUGCGUCGACCCCUUCCUCUGCUCGCUGGCCCUCGUCCGCUUUCUCUUCUUUCUUGUCUUCCUCGUCGGGUAAAAAUUCUGUUUCCUCUGGGAAGCACCAAGUCGCUCUCGCGCGGUCUUCCGAGGCGAGUGCCGAGAAGAGGAGCGGGGGACGUGGCAGAGAGGCGGGAGGCCAAACGCCUCAGGCCCAGACACGGGACCCCUGCUCAGAGUCGCAGAAGUUUGGACGCGAAAAAGACAGGAACGACGGGCUCUCGACGCUAAGCUUCUUCGAGGAAGGUUUGCUCUCAGGCGGAGCGCGACGCCUGCCCCCAGCUCUCGAUGGGAAGGCAACUCAAGACGGCCACCUGCCUGUAACCUAUCUCAUGCUCCUCUACAAAGUUGCUGCGUUUCUCGGAGCGCAUCCCAACGAGAUUCACAAGUGUACGUUCACCAUGGAGCGCCGCCUGGUGCUGCGAGUCUACGCGGCGGAGAAGAAACGGCAGAAGAGAGACGCGAAUCUGACGCGAGGGGAGACGGGGGGGAAGGCGACAGGCCUUUCUGGCGGGCGAAAAGAAAGGCGGCAGGGGCGGAGCGAGAAAGAGAACAAGGAAGACAUGCAAUACGUCAAAUGCAUGCUGGCGAUGGGGGGCUCGUGGGGACGGUGGCAUCAGACACAGUACGCCAGAGAAGAGGCGCGAAGACACCGGAGAGAAGAGAAGAUGAGGCGAGAGAAGGCGCUGGAAAUCGAAGAAAUGGAAACCGACCGAGGAGCCACACAACAGAACAGAGCGCGGGAAGAGGAGCUGGAGUUGGAAGAGAAGAGGAGGAACAAGGAGAAGAAAGAGAAGAAGAAGAAAGAGAAGAAGAAGAAAGAGAAGAAGGAGAAAGAGAAGAAGGAGAAAGAGAAGAAGAAAGAGAAGAAGGAGAAAGAGAAGAAGAAGAAGGAGAAGAAAGAGAAGAAGGAGAGAAAGGAGAAGAGUGCGGUGGAAGAAAGCAGAACGGAGCAGGGGAAGAGAGCGAAGGACAAGCGCGAGGGAGACGAAACCGUAGCCAGCACAGGUUAUGACGGGAAAAACCGGCCAGCGGGACGGGAAGACAAUCAGAACGCAGAGGAACAGGCGGAUGGCGCCCCGCAAACACCCAGGGAGGAGGGAAGAGAGGAACCGAGAAAGAAAAAGAGAACGAAGGAGACGAAGGACUUGGACAGGGACGAGGACAUAGACCCGGAGAGGCGAACUGGAGACGCUCAGAGCCUUGCCCAGAUAACACGCCGCAGAGAGGGAGACGCCGAGGCGAGCGCAGAAAAGGUGCAUGAGGAGCAGAUGCCAAGUUCGUUGGUCGCCGGACAGGGAUUGGAGGGAAACGCGACAAACCACAGAGAAGAAAAUGAGAGGCCAGAAAUCGGAGAUUCUCCUAAACCAGGGGAGGGGUGGCACGAGACGAAAGCAGCGAAAAGGAAGAAAGCGAAAAAAGAGAAAGAGAGAAAGAGAACAGAGCCACUGGACGCGGCAAUAUUUGGUUUUGGAGACGAGGCGCAAGACCAGACAGCGGCAAGGGAGGAGACGGGAGCGAGCGAGAAGGCCCCGGAAGUUCAAGCGAACCAAGGGGAGGAAGAAGGAAGACAAACACAAGGAACAGAAGUGGAGGCAGAUGUAGAGUAA